UCUCCCGUCCGGCCCGAGCAGCAGCGUGCCAAAGUUCAGGGCUCACAGCUCGGGACCAUAGGAGAAAGAAGACACUGAACUAGAUGCUCUGGGGCCGCUUCGGCCUCGGCUUACACGGCGACUGUCACACCGAGACAAGAGGAGGCUAAAUCUGAGUUCUGCUGGAAGGCGCAGCAGAGCAGGAGCUUGUCUGUGGCUGAAGCCAAACCUCCGUUCAUUCAUCUUCCUCUGACUGGGAGCAGCAUGGCCAGCGGGAAGCUGAUGGUCCUGAGGAGGAUCGUCAACAAGGACGGCCACAAAAACGUGCGCAUCAACAACGUGGAGGGCAUGGUGAAGCUGUACCUGCACGACAUCUGGACCACGGUGGUGGACAUGAAGUGGCGCUACAAGCUCACCCUGUUCGCCUCCACCUUCAUCAUGACCUGAUUCAUCUUCGGGGUCAUCUUCUACUUCAUCGGCAUGGGGAACGGCGACUUCGAGCCGGGCCUGAGCUCCAACCACACGCCCUGCGUUCUGAACGUGGAGACACUGACGGGGGCCUUCCUCUUCUCGCUGGAGUCUCAGACCGCCAUCGGCUACGGCUUCCGCUGCAUCUCCGAGGAGUGCCCGCUGGCCAUCUUCACCCCGGUGGCCCAGCUCGUCAUCACCGGCCUGGCUGAGAUCUUCGUCACCGGCGCCUUCCUGGCCAAGCUGGCGCGGCCCAAGAAGCGGGUGGAGACCAUCAAGUUCAGCCAGUCGGCGGUGGUGUGCCGGCGCCGGGGCCAGCUGUGCCUGAUGCUGAGGCCAACAUGAGUUAGAGCCUGCUCAUCCAGUGCCAGCUGACGGGGAAGCUGUUCCAGUCCAACGUGACGGAGGAGGAGGAGAGCUCGGUGCCCUUCCACAUGGACUCCCGUUGGACGCUUCUCUCAUGUGAAAGGGAAUGUAUUUAAUGUGUUCAGUAACUUUAAUCAUUGCAAAAACCACAAAAAUGUACACACCUUUACCACAAAAAUGUGUGAGAAUUAGAAAAGUUUAAGUUAAUCCACCAGAGUUCACGUCUUGAAUUUAAAUCUCUGCAUUUGUGUUUUUUUCUACCUUGAAAUAAAAACCCAGUUACAGUCUGAUCCAGUCAUUUCAGUUGAUACCUGUUUCAGAAUGUUGACCAUCCUAUCAUUAAACGUGAAAUCAAUAAUUCAUUCGUAUCUGUGAAUUGGCUUGUGGACUCUUGAAGAAAAACACGAAUAAAAAGUUAACUGAAUUUGCCAAAUGUCACAAUACAGAUUGUGCUUCUUGCCUUUCAAUAAACUGAAGCGAUUUAAGCUCCUUGAUCACGCAGGAGGUUUUGAAUGAAUGGGUUUGCUCUGUACUCGCAUAGAUUAAAAGCAGAAGCCUCUUCAAGGACAAAACUCGUUCCUCCAGCAGCUUGGCUGUUCAGGCUUUCAGGGUUUGUUGUGGAAACAUGGUGGCGCGACCAGCAAACUGGAGACGACUGUUUCUGAUCCAAACAACAUCUGAUCUUUUUCUGUCAGAGACAAUAAACUACAUUUAGUAAUAAUUAUGUUGUUAUUUUUGAUAUGGAACAACUUUUCUUUGUUGCUUGUCUAUCAGCAGCUAGACAUCUGAUAUUUGCUCUGAUGGACUGGAGCUACACACACAUUCUCACUGUA